AUGGUACCAAUAGUUGUCUAUUAUCUUAUUGCAUUAGGUUGUAUAACAUCGACCGUCGUAUUCUAUGUCUAUUGGCGUAAACGUUCAUCAUUGUCUGGCCGUAAAUUAUCAUCAGAAACACAAAAAUUACACUAUUCUAUUAAACCUACAAUUGAAAUUGUUGCCAAACGUUUAAGUAAUGAUCUUGGUAUAGUUUAUAAUGAAAAAAAUGGAACAACAAUAAAAUCAACAAUAUCGAAUCGUCGUAGAUCAUCAGCAAAACCAACAUUGAAAGAGCAAUCAGAAAUUGAAGUAGAAUCAACAACACCGUCAUUUCGUGAAUGCCAGUCGUUAGCGCUAACAACAACAAGACAAGGAGAUGAUCCGAUACGUUCGUCGAGUAUCCAAGGCCGAUGUCGAAAUCGAACGGUCACUGAUCCACAUACACCAUACAAUUGGCGAUAUGGUUCGAUAUCCAUCAAUCCUGAAACAUUAGAAUUUUCUGUUCCAAAACGUCGUCGAAGUGUGGCAACAGUGGAUAGUGUACGCAAUUGUUUCUGUAUUGAACCGGAACAAAUUCAAAUUUUACAGGUAAAUAAUGAUUAUCAAACAAUGAAUCGUUUAUCAUUAAAAAUUAUUUAUACCAGUCAACAAAAUUUGCAAAUUACAUUUGAUAAAUUCCAUGGUUCAAUCGGUGAUGAAGUUAAUCAACAAUUAACAAUAAAAAUAAAAUUAAUGCCAGAUGGUAAAGAAAAAUAUUGUAUAAAAAAAAAUUUAGAUGUUGAAACAAAAUUAAUUGAUGAAUGUGUUAUAUUUACAAAUGUCUUAAAAGAGAAACUAGGCGAAAAAUCAUUGAUAAUAACAAUAACUAGUGAUAAGCGAAAAAAGACAAAUUAUGGUCAAAUUGAAGUUAUGUUAAAUGAAUUACAUUUAGUACAAGAUAAAGAAUACUAUUUGCAACAUGAAAUUGAAAAGAAAAAAACGUCAUCAAUAGAAGUACUUGUAUCAAUGAAAAAGAAAGAUCGUUAUCUUUCAGUAGAACUUGAACGUAUUAAAGGCAUCAAAGUCGAUCAGAAACAUCCGGAGAAAACUUUCUACAUUCAAACACUUUUACUCGAUCGUUACAAGUUGAUAUCUACCCGUCGCACAAAACCCUAUCAUAUGAAUCAAUCAACAAUGAGUAUCAGUGAGCUUUAUGAUUUUUCAUUAUAUGGCUUAAAUAUUGAUCGAUUAAUGGUAGUUAUCAAUUUUUAUCGAAAUGAGCAAUUAAUUGCUCAAAUUAAAGUAGGUUCACCAUUAUACUGCAGUGGUACAGGCGCUAUACAUUGGAAUCAACUAUUAGCAAGACAAUCAUUUUCAAUGUGGCAUGCAAUGUCAAAGCAAGUCUAA